AUGAAAGCAAUUGAAGCUGAAGUUAAAAAGCUCAUCGAGUCAGGAUUUAUCCGUGAAGAGCAACAUCCUGAUUGGGUGGCCAAUAUUAUUCCUGUUCUGAAAAAGAACGGGAAGAUUCGAGAUGAUGCUUUCCAGAAAGCGUUCGAAGAGAUUAAGCAAUAUCUCUCUAAUCCACCGAUAUUGGUCGCAGCGAAGUUAGGUAAACCUUUCUUGAUAUGCAUCCGGACUACAGAUCAUGCAUUAGCAGGACUCUUGGCACAAGAUGAUGAAAAAGGCUAUGAACAAGCUGUCUACUAUGUCAGUAGGACUCUAUCAGGUGCUGAACCUCGUUAUCCUCUUAUUGAGAAGGAAUGUUUAGCACUGGUCUUCACAGUUCAGAAAAUACGAUAUUAUUUGGUCGGACAAACCAUACAUGUCAUUUCCCUGAUCAAUCCUAUUCGAGUGUUCAUGACACAGCCUAGUGCAUUGAAUUGGCGACUCGCCAGACGUGCUUUAUUGCUUUCCCAAUAUGACAUUCACUUCAAACCUCAAAAAGCAGUGAAAGGUCAGGCUAUUUGUGAGCUUAUGGCUAAUCAUCCACUGAAAGAAAAGGCCAAAUUAUACCAGGACAUACCUGAUGAGACGUAUGAAGCAAACGUCGUCUCUAGAGAACAAGUAUGGCAAUUGUACUUCGAUGGUGCAGCAAGGACAAGUUCUACUGGUCGGACUCUGUAUCAAAAAUCGUACGAUGGGCUUUUGCUUCGCUGUUUGUCAAAUAGAGAAGCAAAAGAAGCUCUUAAAGAAGCUCAUGAUGGCAUCUGUGGAGCUCAUCAGCCUAGUCCUAAGUUAUGGGACCGACUAUACAGAUUGGGUUAUUACUGGCCUAUCAUGGUACAAGAUGAUGUCGCUUAUGCUAAGUGA